AUGGACGCCAAUAAGCCACUUCUGUGCUUCUCCGGAACACUCCUGGCCAAUUCAUCUGUCAGGGAGAGCUCGGAACUGCAACUCCGCCACCUUUCGAGGCAGCCAGGCUUUUUGGGAGCCUGUUUAGAUAUCAUGGCAGCUUCCGAAGUUCCUCAAGACAUCCGGAAGGCCGCUGCUGUGUACUUUAAGAACAGAGUGUUGCGUCAUUGGAAUACUCGUGGCGAUUCAAUUGAUGAGGGCGAAAAACCUGUCAUCAAAGACCGCUUGGUUCCUGUCUUAUCUACGGUUGACCACCAGACCAGACAUCAGUUGAUUCCCGUACUUCGAGUGCUUGUCGGCUCUGAUUAUGAUGGCAAAUGGCCCGCUUUGAUCGUUCAGACUGGCGAAUUAUUGCAGCAGCUGGAUAACACGCUGGCGUUGUACACGGGAGUCUUGUGUUUUUCCGAGAUUGCCAGAUAUUAUCGGUGGGUCACUAACAACGAGAGACUGACCGAAUUGGAUCCUCUCAUCACGCAGGUAUUCCCACAUUUGCUUAAUGUCGGUAAUGCUAUCUUGACCUCGGAAAUCACCGAGCUCACUGCCGAGAUGUUGAAACUCAUCUUGAAAUCCUACAAGUUCGUCACAUACUACGACUUGCCGACAGUUUUGCAGACCCAGGAGGCAUUGGUGGCAUGGGGCCAGUUCCACUGUAACGUUACUAAGAUGGUUCCCCCAGCAUAUGUGGUUGCAGACUCCAUGUUGGAGCUGGAUCGUACACAGACUCAAAUUGCGAAAUGUUACAAAUGGUCAGUGGCCAACAUCGAGCGUUUGUUCCGCAGAUACGCCCUGAGAGACCUAUCGGCCAAAUUCAAAUAUGAUACCUUCCGCUCGGUGUUUGUGAGCGAGUUUGUUCCCCAUUUAAUGUCCGUGUACUUGUCUCUUAUCGAGAAUUGGUGCAGUGGAACCAGGUGGCUUGGAUCAACCACUCUUUACCACUUGUUGGAGUUCUUGAGCCACUGUGUCACACAGAAGGAAACAUGGGCCAUUUUCCAGCCUUACGCCGAGAACAUCGUCUCCCAUUUGAUCUAUCCUCUCAUGAUUCCUUCGGAAGAGUCUUUGGAGCUCUUCGACAUCGACCCAGCAGACUACAUUAAUCUGAAAAUGGAUAACUUCGACGAGCUGGAGCCUGACAUUGCAGCAUUAGGCUUAUUAGUCACGCUAGCUUCCAAACGGAAAAAGACAACCUUGGAACCUAUAGUCACAUUUGCAUACGCCCAAUUGUCUUCAUUGCUGCAGGUUCCAGAAGACUUGGAGGUUGCUCGUAAGAGAGAUGGUGCCAUGCGUUUGAUCGGUGGAGUCUCUCACCUUUUGAUCUCUGAGAAGUCGCCUUACUACUCUCAAAUGGAGAAGUUUCUCAGCGAGUUGGUAUUACCCAACUUUACAUCUCAGCAUGAAUUUUUGGUUGCUAGAACCUUAGAUGUGUGCUCCAAAUUCUCAGAUUUGUCUUUUGAAAACCAGGACACCUUGUCGACGCUAUACCAGGGCAUUCUCCUGCCUUUCACAUCCGAUUCAUCGUCGUGUUUGCCGAUUUUGCUUCAAGGCGCCCUCGCCAUCCAAGCAUACAUGCACCAUAGUCAGUUCAAGCAAGUAUUGUCCAACAUCAUUGUACCUACCAUGUCCAAACUUCUCCUGCUUUCGGGUGAAAUUGAUAACGAUGCUGUCUCGAUCGUUAUGCAAGAAUGCGUGGAGAAUUUUUCUGAGCAGUUGCAACCAUUUGGUGUAGAGUUGAUGAAAAACUUGGUGGAGCAGUUUAUGAAACUCGCACAAGGUCUCACAGAAGCCGCCAAUGUGGAAAUUGACGACUUUGAUGGCGAUUUUGUCGAUAACGGUGACAAGGUCAUGGCGGCCCUGGGACUAUUAAACACUAUGAUCACUGUAUUACUUUCGUUCGAAAAUUCAAGAGACGUGUGCAUCAAGUUGGAGGAGACCUUCUCUCCAGCCAUUGAAAUUGUGUUGCAAAAUGACUUGGACGAUCUUUUGACAGACGUCGCUGAGUUAAUUGAAAACUCCAUUUUCUUGUUGAGAUCGGUCACGCCGUUGAUGUGGAGCCACUUCACUAAACUCUCAGACUCAUUUUCCAAUGGUAUCGCCUUGAUGUACACCGAGGAACUCUCGCAAUGCUUACGUAACUACAUGGUGUUUGGUACCGAGGAUUUGGCUUCGACACCCGAGUUAAAUAUCCGCUUCAUGAAGAUCAUCUCUCUCGUGAUUGAGGGUGAGGACGGUAGCGUCGACUACAACGACAUCGUACUUGCAUGUGAGCUCGCACAGACAUUAAUUCUCUCGUUGCAGCAGAAUGCUCCUCCGUAUAUCGCUGAGCUUUCUAAAACGAUCUUGCCAGUUUUAGCUUCCAAUCAGGUGGAUGCUCAGCAUGUCAGAAAUAAUUCCUUGACAGUAGCCCUGGUCAAUUAUGUUGGAUCGUGCUUAAUUUACGACUGUCCCAACACCGUCAGAUUGUUGGAAGAAAACAAUCACUUGGACUCGUUCAUUGCUCAAUGGUAUGCUCUCAUUCCGCAAUUGGAGAGGGUCUAUGACAUCAAGUUGUCUAUUUUGACCCUCAUCAGCUUUUUGAGCCACGGAGACAUUCUAGAAAAAUUGCCUACUUUGGCAAGUGGAAUUGGCUCCAAAUUGUCAAAGUUGUUCCAUCAAUUACCUAAGGCUAUCCGUAAAUUCGAGAAACAGCGUAUCGAAUUCAAUGAAGCUGACUACCUGAACUUCGAAUUACCCAAUUCAGCAUUGACGGAAGACUACGACGACGACGACGACGAUGACGACCACAGUGCACCUGACACCGCCAAUUAUCAAAACUUCCUCGAGAAAGAAGAUACCAGAUUGUCCAGUUUUGGUUUCUCAGAAGAAACCGAGCCUGUGUUUGAGGAUCCGUUGGCUAGUACUCCAUUGGACUCUGUGGAUCCGUUCAAUAUUUUCAAGGACUUCAGCACGUCGUUGAGGACGAGCAACCCUGCCAUUUACAGCCUUGUCUUUGAUCAUCUCAAUGAGACUGAAAGACAGGUAUUUGUUGACGUUUUCGAAACUUCUUGA